AUGUCCCGCCCACGAAUGACUUCCUUCGAGGAGGGCGACUACUACGCGGCGCCGCGUCAAUCGGACCCGACCUUUGACGAGUCCUACCGCCACCGUCGUCGCGUGGCCAGCCCGCCGCCGCCGUCGCGCCACGGCUCACGCACGCCCGCCUUCCUGCGUGAGAACGGACGGCCGAUGGAGCCGGGACCCAUGGUGCUCCGACAGCGCGACGUGGAGACGUACGACCGGCACCGUCCCACCAGCACCGACUCUCAGAGGGCACAGGACCACCGCAUGGCCCGCCGUCUGGGCGGGCAGCCGCGCGGCGAUCCGCGGCAGCAGCAGCCGCCAUACUACGACGGCGGCUACGACUCGGCCGGCCCGCUGCGGAGGUCGAGGUCGGCCGACAGGAUCCGCGCCCGCGUCAUCGAUCACAGGGACGCGUCGCCCGACUCGCUGACCGACUCGUCCGACACGUCAUCCGUCGCCGCGUCGUCCGAGGCCUCGUCCCCGCCGCCCAGGCGGGUGGUACGCGAGCCGACGGUGGAGCGGGACGUCAUCACGCACUACCGCGGCAUCGACCACGGUACCGUGCCCGCCCGCCCGCCCAGCCCGCCGCCUCCGCCGACGGUGCGGCCCUACGUCACGGCCACGCGGGGCCGCGAGACGGACAUUGACGUCAGCCUCAACAGCAGGGGCGACGUCGACGUCGACGUCGACGUGCGCAGCCGGUCGCGCAGCAGGCACCGCCCGGCCAACAGCGGGCGCCUGGUGGUGGGCCGGCCCGAACCGCCGCGCCGCCGGCGCGCCCGCUCCGCCGCCCCCGCCUACCCGCCCGUCGCCGACGAGGGUGACCGCAUCAGCUCGACCAUCGACGCCCGCGGCCGCGUGGGCGAGGCCUACGGCGGCGCCACGCGCGACUGGGCCAUCGUCGACGUGCCGCCCGGCACCGAGCGCGUGCGCAUGUCCGGCAUAGGCGGCGGCGCUACCGAUACCGCCUGGACCAAGUACUCCGGCGUGCGCAGGACGCAGUUCAUCCCCGGGCCCGAGCAGCCGCCCGCCCUCGACCACGCACCCCGGAGGCACCGCAGGAAGAGCCUGGGCGAGCACAGGCAGAGGGACGUCGAGGUGCAGAUCGACAUUGACAGGCGCAGGAGCGUGCAGCAGCCGCAGCCGCCGCCCGAGGGACCCCCGCCCAGGGAGAUGUGGACCGAGGUCAGCAAAGAUCUCGUCAGCAGGGAGGCCAUAGAGGCUCUGGGGUACGAGUACGAGGACUCACCCAUGUUCUACUACAUCAUGACCUUACGGAAAUGA